UGGGACACCUAGUGAAUGCAGAGGGUGUGCGGCCAGACCCGGAGAAGACAUCUGCCGUACAACAGUGGAAAACCCCCUCUACUGUCCAUCAAAUCACCAGCCGCUGCUCCAUUUGAAGACUGCGCGUCUUAGAGCUGUGGAACAACGAUGGAUUUCUCAAUUGGAGAACUAUGACUUUGACCUUAGGUACCGCCCUGGGAGGGAAAAUACUAAUGCGGAUGCUCUAUCCAGACAGGAGAUGGUGGAGGAAGUAUCGGUGCGUGUGGUCACCUACCGGCCCCCCGAUAAUGGAACAUCCUCACACUCCAUGGAACAGGAAGUGCAGGACCAAGAGUGGGGCUGGAGGCCUCAAAGAUGGAUUAAUCUACAAAGCACUGACCCCAACCUGGCUCGGCUGAGACUGCUCCUAAGUACCGGGACUAAACCCCCUGGACAAGCCUGUAAGAAGGAGCCAGCCGGAGUUCGAGAUUUAUUACAACAGUGGCCACGCCUGAGCUUGCUGGACGGUGUUCUGGUUCGUAGGAUGCAGGACUCUAAUACGCAAGAACUUUAUCAGCAGAUCGUGGUGCCUCUUUCGGAGAGACAGUCAGUGUGGGAAACCCUGCACACGAGUGCUGGGCACCUUGGGACAGAAAGGACUCUUUAUGCCCUACGAAGGAGAUUCUACUGGCCCCGAAUGGAAAGAUGCAAUCAAGAGUGGGUGGCCGCCUGUGAACGCUGCUCCCUAAGGAAAGCUCGCACCGAGGGGAGGGCUCCGCUGGUCCCCAUUGUGACAUCUGCUCCCCUGGAAGUUCUAGUGCAAGGCACAUGGGUGAACCAAGAACCAGUGAGUGUAGAAGAUUGGGUCCAAAGGCACCAUCAGCGUUUGGUAGGUGCUUAUCAAAAAGUUUCAACACAUGCUGCACAAGCAGCUGCACGGCAAGGAAAAUAUCAGAAAGGUACGCAGUUAGGUCCCUUGGUUCCAGGAGAACGGGUUCUGAUAAGAACCUUUAGACGGGGUAAUGGGGGUAAAUUAGCUGACCGUUGGGAGUCCAUGCCCCAUGUUGUAGUACAGCAGUUGCCCUCAGGGAUUCCUGUGUAUAGAUUAAAGCCGGAAGGGAAGGAAGGGCCCAUUCGCACUAUUCAUCGGAAUCGUCUGAGGCCAUGCCUCUUUCACCCAAAGCCAACCCCAGCAGCUGAGACGUCCCUGGCACAAACACCCGUUUCUGAUGAGCCGUGGCCCUUUUGGGCCAUUGAACCUGCACAACACUCUGGGGUGGGUCAUCAUGCUGUGGAAGUGGGAGGACUGGGGGGACGAGCAGUAGAUUUAGGAGAAGAGGCCAUUACAACUGCAGGCACACUCCGUAGGUCAACACGAACAAAUUUGGGAAAUCCUCCAGUUAGGUAUAGAUAAAGCAACAUUAAACAGGACAUGUAGUCACGAGGACGUGACUGUGAUCUAACAGGGAGGGGUGUCACGGGGGUACGUGGGUGUAAAGAGCAGGUUGCGGUAGGAACUGUAUGUGAGGGAAGCAUAGGUGAGGGAAGCAAUGGGGUGCUGCACUACACCAGCAAUUUGUCUACCAAUCCUGCAUUAAUUAUCCUGUAAUCAGUCAAUUCAAGGCAGCUGGUUUAUUUAGCGAUAGCGAGUAGGAGCCUCAAAAAUGGGGAGAGAGGAGAGAGUGUGGGAAGUUCCCCCGCCCUGGCUUUGCUGUUAUUUGUUACAGGAUUUCGGCGGAGUGCCGCGAGUUGCAGAGGAGAGUUUGGAAGCAGAGGGCCGAGGAACACCGUCUUUGGGGAAAGCGAGAGUGGAGACGUGACGUCUCGUGGGGAUCCCUCGUUAAUCAGCUGACGGAAGGCUGACUCAGGACAACAUAAACCAGCCGCGACUACAGUGGAGCAGUAACCAGUGUGGACAUACACCUCCUUCUGCGCAGCUGCCAGGGAGGAGAGAAGUGUGGAGCUUUCCUCCCUCAACGAGCUAAGUGGCCCUUCCUUGCCCUGUUAGUUUAGAUUAAGCAAGACUGUGCAUAUUCUACAAGUGGUGAGCAGUGUAUAGCGCCGCUAGCGUAGAAGGGCAGUAGCCUGCUAAUGACUGUAUGUUGGUUGUCUUGGUUAUUGAGCCUCCAUAUUCACGGUAGGCCUAUAGACAAUCUACAAGUGGCUGCCUACCUGACGGUGUGUGUGUGUGUGUGUGUGUGUGUGUGUGU